AUGGCCACGGCCCACGCAUCAGGGGGUUCUGCUGGUACUGUGGAGGCAGGUUGGACGACAGUGGAUGACUGGGUCGCUGGAAAAUAUGCCAGACCCAUCAUCCCCCGCAGCCCUUUCAUUCACUUGCCGCACCUGCCCUCGCACCCGCAAAUGAUCCUGCACCUGCAAACCUGCGCGUGUCAUUUACACGCACACUUACACACACACUCGCACCCACACCCGUCCUGGCAUGCACCAACUCGCUCGCACACGCACGUAGGCAUGUCAGGCGCCACUUCCGUGAGGGAGAUAGCCUGGCUCGGGCCCGAGUCCGCCAAGGACACUCCUGGACAAAUUAGAAGGACCGCUGAUGAGGGCGACGAUGACAAUAACGGCCAUAGAGCGAGUCACGCUCGUUCAACCACUAGCGCUGCCAGCAUUAGCAACGGCGACAGUGGCACAUCACCAACGGGGCCCAUUGUCCACCACUUCUUCCCCCUUUUCCGGGAAGCCAGCCGGGCAACCUCGCCCCGGAACAUGGUUGACGGCGGCGACGCCUCGAAGAGGCCGACGACGACGACGGUGACCAGGCGACAAUGUCCAUCCUGCCAGAUUCAGCAGCAAGUUCCAGCUCCGGAUCCAAGCUUGCUUAACCAGGUCGAGACUCAAGAGGACAAGGGCCCAAAAGCGCUGAUGGCGCUGGAGUAUACGGACAAUGAGUUCUGCAGCCCUAAGAAGAUGCGGUAG